CCCCUAUAUCACCAGCACAAAUGGCCGGCCCUGUCCAGCCCUUCGAGCCAUCCAGCGCAGCCUGCGCUGCUUUCCCUUUGAAUAAUGCAGAUAGAAGGGGGGAAGAUUGCAGUACUAUCUAUACCCCUGCCUAUAUUACAUGAAUGGGGCAUGUGACACACUCACUCUCACCCUCACUCUCACGGAGUCACGGUCUCACCCUCCCCUGACUACGAGCACGGGCGGACCACUCCCUUUUAUUGCCCAUGCCAGUGGCUACUUCAACACAAUCUACAACUUGGGGAAUAAGCCUUGAGCAAUAUAAGGGCUAUGGCUCAGUUAGACCAAUUGCCAAUCGAAGUCCUUCUUUUCAUCGCAGAGUAUUUGCCCGGCCAAAGGGACAUCGACGCUUUAACGCAAGUCAACCGAAAUCUUUACCACCAUCUGCAUUUCUUUCUAUGUCGAUAUAAUGUCGAGCAUCAUCAGGGCUCAGCCUUGAUAUGGGCCGCCAAGAAGGGACAUAUCCGUUUGGCAACGAAGCUACUCAAUGCUGGCGCAAACAUCGCACACUUCGAGAGCCCAGCAGAAACAAAUCAUGACAGAAAUACUCGUCUUUCGGAAAUUGAGAACCCGCUCUUGCUUGCCGCCCAGGGUGGGCAUAUUGCAAUCCUCAAAUCCAUGCUUUCUGAGACACGGCCGGGUCAAGCAUGUUCACCAGCUCAGCUGCGCACUGUCCUCCAUUUGGCCAUCCGCGCUCGCGACAGUGAGCUCGUGGAACUCAUGAUCCAUCAAAAGGCCCCCUUAGAUCCAGCAGGGGAGGAGCGGGAAGCGCUCUCCGCCCUGGGGGUUGCUGUAGUCUCAAGAGACGAGUCCAUCAUUCCCCGUCUGCUCAACGCGGGUGCACGGCCAGGUCAGCACGAAGAACCGUGCCCCAUCGCAAGGGCCAUAGAAACUGAUCAACCACAAGUCGUCAAACUUCUUCUUGAGCAUGGUAUCAGACUCAACAGCGAUACAGGUCUAUGCUUUAUAGCAAGCCGAAACGACAAGAUCCUACUCCAAUGUUUCAUUGAUUAUGGACUGGAUUUGAGCAUGGACGGCCAUGCAGCGUUGUUCACCGCUAUCAUGGAUGGCCAAUACGAGAUGGUCGAGUUUCUCAUUGAAGAGGGCGCAAACCCGCAUCUGGAGUGCGAAUUAUGGACACAUGAUGAGAAUGGCUUUUUUGAGACACUCUUUUAUAGCUCCAUAGGGUUUGCUAUUCAUUUUCGGCGCCUGCAAAUUCUGAGGCUCCUGCUAGCAAAGGGUGUCCUCCCAGGGCAGGGUGAUUUGUGCUUAGCAGUGAAGAAGGAGUUUGAGGAGGCAGUGGCACUGCUAUCCAAAUUCUCCAACCAAGACUUACCCCAAAAGGAGACUAUAGAGAAUUAUCUCCUUUGGCAACAGAUAAACAGACAAGAUAACGGUCUUGACUUCGAGAUCCCGCGUAAGUCGUGGUUCGUUUUCGAUUCUACUUUGCCUCAAGAGCCCAAGAAGCCGGCGGGUCCUUCAGGUUGUGAAUGUGAUAUACUUGUACAAUACGGAUACUAGAAGACUACCACGUACUACCUGGUAUCUUUUGUGCUGGUAAUGUAAUCUUGUAUCUUAUUUCUUCUGCAUUGCCAAGGUAGGAUUGUUUUCCAAAUUACCAUAUAAAUUAUCAACCAGGCAAAGAUUUGCAACAGGAAUUAGCAGUCUUCCUUCCUCCGUUACUUUGCUAUUCUGUUUUGCCACCCCCACAGGCAAACAUUGCACAUUCGGAGUAGACCGGGAUUGAAUGGACAUUGGAG